GUAUCUUGGUAGUGUAUUGUAGAACACACUUAUAGUAAAAUAAAGUGAUUUCUCGUAAUUAUUUCGGCGUUGUAUUAGAUUUUGUGAAAUGAGAUUCUUUUUUUUCCUUCAUUGUAAAUUUGUAACUUGAUUAAAUGCCGAGAGAAAAAAAAUAACCCUAACCAUUUUUUUAAAAAUAAAUUCGUAAUUUCGGAAUUGAAAAAACUAACGAGGCAAGUGUUUAGGUGGCAUCCAGAGAAAAGAUCGAUCGAUAAACAGGCAAUCACUAUAUGAACAAAUUUCAUCGUCCAUAUUAUUGAGAAAUAAUAUAGCGGACAUUUAAAAUAAAAAUCAUCGGUACCCAGAUAACCAGAAAACACACGGUCCACACUGUAUAUAGUUCAUACAGAGAAUGGAGUCGAAAUCGCGUUAAAUCGCUUGAAAGUAAUAAGUUUUCAUUGAAUGAAUAAGUCAUUAUAUCUGUCAAAGAAUUGCUGAGUACAUAUCGCAUUGCUACAGAUGUGCAGAAAAUAUUGAGAUUUUUUCAUAUUGGCUGGGAAACGCAGUAAUGAUUGAACACAUCCUGCAGUAAAAUGAAAUCGAGGAUUUAUUACUUGUUUGAAUAAAAUUCAACAAUAUUGUGCAGAUAAAGCACUUUAAAUCGCAUAUUAAAAUAAACAACUAAUUAAACGUAACAAGUCAGAACAUGGAUGAAGAAUCAAAAUUGGAAACGGUAUCGGAUAUCGAUGAGAUCGAAAAGGAGAAAGCCAUCGAAUCAAUAGUACUGCAUACAAGCACAGAAGAUAAUUGUAAAGACGAUUUUGAUGAGUCGUUUAUUCCAAAUGGAUCUAAUUAUGGAAAUUUUUCACAUAGUCUAUACGAUGCUGAUGAAUCUAUGAAGAGCACAGAUAUUGAAAAUGGCAACCAAACGGUUGAGUUAAAAGAAACACUUUUGGACUCAGCCUCAGUGGAUGAGAAACAAUCAGAAAGUAUUGAGAAUGUAUCGCAGUCACCGUUAAAAUUAGAUUCAGAGCCAUUGCCACACGAAAAAACCAAUCAGGUGAUCAUAGAAAAACCAGCCGAAACUAAUCCCAUCCAAAUGUCACCACAAUCCAAUCUAAAUAAAAUACUGUAUGUAAAACUCAUGCCACGAACCAACGUCCAGCCUGUCAUUGUAUCAACAGCAACCGAAUCACAAUCACCGCCGAAAUCCAUUCCGAUUUCGACGGUGAAAAGCAAACAAUCACCAAUAAAAAUGACAGUGCAAGAGCCAACCACAUCAAAUCUUAGCAGCAAUGCUGGUGGAAUGACACCAAAAACUCUUGGUCAUACUGUAAAUUUACUAAAUAAUAAUCGAAUUUUGAUAAAAAGUGUGAAAAAUAAUAACCAUACAAAUACAUGUGCCCAACAACCAACAUCAACAUCAUCAUCAUCAUCAUCGUGUGCAUCAGUAAUAAAGACUUCGGCAGAAUCGACGACGAUGACAGUUGAUGAUAAAAUUGAAAAUUCGCCGUCUUUCAUUAAAAACAAUGAAAUUGUAGACGUAAAACAACAAACAAAAAAUGUUACAAAUGAAAGCACAUUGCAUGUCAUGAAUGUAGAAAAAAUCGAAGAAAUUGACCAACAAGAGCAAGUUAAAAGUAAGUUGUCGUUCGAAAUGAAUAGAGGGCCAAUCGAUGAUUGUGAAUUGGAAAUAAAAAAAGAGCUAUUGUCGAAUAAAAACAGUAUUGAGCAGCAGCAGCAGCAACAACACAUGGUCGAUGACAUAAAAAUCAGUAGUCAUACAAUUGAAGACGAUGAUGACGGCCGAAUUUUAGUGUCGGCAAAAAAAAUCAAACGCGAAUUUGAGCAAUUGCAAAAAACAGUAAACGAAUCCAAAGUACUAUCUGAAUUUAUAAUUGAACAUAGUAAACGUGAACGUCGUCCAACAAAGUCUGGAAAAUCAAAGCACAAGUACAACAACAGUUUAACUGAAAUUAGUAAUAGUUCAGCCGAUGAAAAGUUUUCGACACCCGUGAAUCGAAGUUCCAGCCCAUCUUCAAGCAGUGUUCGCAGUAUGUCGAAAGAAAGUGACAGAUCUGUCACAAGUAGUUUUAAUAGCAGCACCGGAAAAAGAAACACUAGAUCGAUGAAUACGGAUUUUUCGGCCAAACAGAAGCAAUUUUUGAAAGGAAUUCAACAAGUUACGCGGGGCACGGAUGACGAAACUGACAAUAACAGUGGCGUUGAUGACGAUGACGAUGAUUUGGACUAUUUUACAAAGCAACAACCAAACAUCAUUGAACGUAGAAAAAGCACAGCGGUCAAUAAGCAAUCAUUCAACGUUGAUUCGAAGGCAAAUGAACUCAAAACUGGAUGGGAUAAAUAUUGUUGGCGUUGCCAUCAACUUGACACAAACCUAUUUUGCUCAACCUGUGUCCGAUCGUAUCAUGCGAACUGUUUGAAAAUGAAACAACUCUCGCCAGCUGAAAUGGCUAAAUGGCCUUGCCCCGAAUGUGUUGAAAUUAAAAUUGCCGAUAAAGAGAAUAAGAAAAAGAAAUUUGAUGUGAAACACUUCAAUAAACUGUUGAAAUAUGCCAUGAAUCGAAUAUUGCAAGAUCCCAAUCUUCAACAAUUUCAAUUUCCUGUGAACAAAACUCAAAAUCCAGGAUACGCUGAUGUCAUAGUCAAUCAGAUGAAUUUGAGUAAAAUUGAAAACAACAUCGAUAAUUUGAUGUACACAAAUUCAGAAGCAUUUUUAUCAGAUAUAAAAUGGAUUUUGCACAAUUGCAGCAUUUAUUUUUCGGAUAAUUACAAGGUGACCAGAGCGGCAAAAUCAUUGCAAAAAGUAAGCAAACAAGAAGUUGGCGAUAUUGAAACCUGCCCCGAAUGCUAUCUCAAUGCAAAUACAAUGACAGACAAUUGGUUUACAGAAACUUGUGUUAAACCGCAUCUGAUUUUAUGGGCCAAACUCAAAGGAUUUCCGUAUUGGCCGGCCAAAGCGAUGUCGAUUAAUUCAACAUUGGUAGACGUACGAUUUUUCGGUGAACAUGACAGAGCAAAUAUUCCGGCAAAAGAUUGCUUUUUAUAUUCGCGUGAAGAUCCAAAUCCACCGACAAAUAAAUACAAACGGAAUACCAUUGCCGAUUGUGUCAAGGAAGUGGACGUAUAUAUCGAGAACAUAAUAGCAAAAUAUGGCCAGUUCAAUUACGCCGAAUUAAAAACACCGUUCAAUCCCCAAAUGGCUGAACAACAUUUAAUUGAUAUGAUACCAGGUUUGCGAAGUGUACGUGGUCGUCGCCGUAGCAGUACAGCACGACCGGAUUUAACUUUAAAAAUUGUUAAAACCGCAGACAAUAAUUUAUCCGUUGUGAAAAAGGACCAAAUCGCAAAGGAAUUGCCACAAAUUAAACGAACAGUCGAUAUAACGGGCGAAAUUGCUGUCUCGCGUACACCAACACCACCAUCAGCCGUUUUAUCUCGUCGAAAAACCAGCGACACCCGAAUUAAGCGCAGCAAAUCAACCAAUCGGCAUAGUGAUGGAAAACUAUCAACACUCGAUCAUAAAUCGUAUCAAGUGAUGCGACGGAAGAGUAUGGCAGUUGAAAAACUCGAUCAAAAACGUAGAAGUGCCAUUCAUUCCAAAUUGGAUUUGAAUUCAGCCAAUGAAUCACCGGAAGUGAGCUUUGUUCGUUACAAUUCACAAUCGACAAACGAACGAGUUGAGACUGAUUUGAUUGUGAAUGCCGCGGCUACUGCUGCUGCUUCUACUGCUGCUGUAGCCAAGAAAACCAAUAAAACCACAGCCAAAAAGAGAAAAUUAUCGAUCGAUAGUUCAAAUAGUUCCACAAAGGCAAACGAUGCAGCUGAAAUGCCAGAUAAAUUGCAGAAAAAUGCAAGAGUCGAUGAUCCAACCACUUCGUCAAAUUUGAAAGAAAAAAUUGAAGAAAAUUCCUUUAUCGAAACAAAUAUUUUGAGUAGCGUUGGUUUGGUUAAGAAACUUUCAGCACCAGAUCGGGCACAACAACAAUUGGUUGGCAAGAAGAUUAGCACAACUUCGAAAUCAGUUCAAAACAAAAACUCCACAUGUGAUACAGAAGAUAAACGAACGCUUGAUGGUGCUGCACGUACGCGUCGUGAUACAAAAAUCCAACGGAUUGGAAGUAAAGAUGAUUCAUCGCCAAUUCUGUUGGUGCCAUUUAUUGAUAUUAAAAGAGAGCCAGAAAUAAAUGAAAACAAUGCUGUGAAUUCAUUGGGCAAUCAAACACCGUCAGCAUCUCAAACACCAAUCUCUUUAAUAAGUUCAAAUGAAAAUACGCCAGCCAAAAAUUAUGCAUGUUUUGAUGAGAAUUUGACAAGCAUUAAAACGGAAACCAGUUCUGAUGAUGAUAGUUUAAUGAUUAUUGAGGACGAUUUAUCAACUAGUACAAAUUCACCAGCGAAGUUAACGUCAACCGUUAGUGAUAGUCGAGUUCGUGGCUCAAUUUCAGUGAAAGAUAUCAACAAAAUGACGUUACAGAAUCAACAGCAAAAUGCACGUAAAACUUUUCCAAAAGGUCCGUCGUCGUCGAAUGCCACAACAUCAAUACUAAAACCGCGUGCAAAUACACUAGUUAAACCACCAAUGAAUCAAACAAAUAUGGUGUGUAUUCCAUUAGAUGGUUUGCCGCGACUUGAUUUGACAUACAAUUCUACAAAACCGCCACCAUUAUCUGUUGUUGGCAGUGCAAACAGUGUUUCGUUGCUCACACAAAAUCAGCCAUUAUCAUCGGUGACAUCGACAUCAAAUUUAAAUGGACCGCCACCACUGUCGAUUACCUCAAUAUCAGCUAUACCAACUGUGGUUAGCGUAAGCCAAUCGCUACUGAAUCCAAAUUCAAUCAAUACCAUUUCCAAUGGAAUGAUUACCGAAUCAUUGGCAUCGGCUGUAACCGAUCAAAUAAUCCGACGAAAUCCGCCACAAUUAACACAUCGUCCAGUUGCGCCACUUCGUUCUGAAUGUGAUUCAGCCUUUCCAAGUGAGGCUGGUUCAUUGUGUAAAACUCUCAUGGAAAAUGCACAUAAAAUGACCGAUUUCUUUCGAUCGGUCAUCGAAGAUACGCUUGGCGAUUUAGCGAAUAUGUCAAAUCCAGAGGCAAAAAUACGCCUAUUAGAACUUGAAAUGGAAAAACAGAAAAAUGCGCAUGCAAAAGAAAUUGCCGAUAUUAGAGCAAACACUGAUCGACUACUCAGUGAAAUGAAGAAAAACAUGGAAAAAGAGCGAACACGGGUGGUUAAUGAAACGCGCAAACAAUGCGAAAUGGAGCGAAUCCGAUCCAUGGACGAAACAAAAAAGAAACAAUGGUGCGCCAAUUGUUUGAAAGAAGCACAGUUUUAUUGUUGCUGGAAUACAUCUUAUUGUUCAUAUAUAUGCCAACGAAAGCAUUGGGAACAACACAUGACGACUUGUGUUCAAAUGGAAGCAUCCCAGAACGUGCAGAAUUCACGAAAAACCAACACAAAAACCUCAUCCAAAUCAGACGUGAGGAUUCAACCACAAGCACAAGUAUCGCAGCAUCAAAAGUCACAAGUUUCAAUUCAAAACGAUAAUUUGAAUGUAUCUGCCAAUCGUGCAACUGUAUCAGAUGCAAUACGACCACCAAAUAGUUUUGGUGUGGUGCCAGGUUUGCGUAAUAUUUUACCGAAAAAUGCACUCACUUCCAUGGUUCCGUCACACGGCAUUCAGUCGCGUAACAUAAGUCAAGGUAUUCAAUCGCAGGCAAAAUCAGCGUUACCGAAUCAGCAAUCUUGUAUCAUUGUUGGUCGAUCACUUCCAAAUUGGGCUAGUACUGCAUCCAAAUCUCUGCUACAUUCGAAUGCGAUAUUUUUGCCAACAUCAUCCCAGCUCGCAACGAUUACAAGCGUACCAUCAGGUCCAUCGUCAGGUGUUUCCCUUUUAACCUCUUCACAUGCACAGAGUCGAAAGUCGAACACAACUGAAACCAUCAUCAUACCAUAAGAUUCAUAACAAAUAACAAACAAGAGAAAAAUGGGAACUAUUAUUUUCAUUAUAAACAAUUUCAACCUCUUAGGCUAAACAAUUCGUGUUAACGAUCAAAUUAAUCAACUUAGGACACAUUUUUUUUAAAUCAUCAUUUAUAACUCCAUAUAUAUUUUUCAAGGAAUUUUGUUUUGGUGCCGAAAUUGCAAUGUUUUUUUUUCUAACAAUUAGUUUGAACUCAAUCAUUUAGUUCAAGUGAACUAAAAAAACGGUCAUAUAUAUUUUGAAUUUAAUACAUUAUAUUUGCAAGUUAUUUGAAUAAUCAAGUUUGAUAAAUUGAAUUGACCUGAACUAUGUAUAUUAAGGUAUAAAUUUUUCCAAAAUGGAAAGAAUGAAAAAACAAUUCGGAAGAAUCAUAAUA